ACAGCUCGAGGCGUCUGCGAGGUCGAUGAACGAACGCAAUCAUCGCUUUAAUUUGUAUUUUGGCGCUCUAGAGGGUGAAUUUAACGAUGUCAGACUCUGGCAACUUUCAUGAUCAAGAAGAAGAAUCUGAAACAGCGGUUAAUACGGCUAAGCGAAGAGGGAGAGGAAGGAAGAGAACUCCUUCAAAAUUUACUUCAAAGAGCAAAAAGUCAAAGCAAAAUAAUGGAGAAAGCAAGGAUGUCUUGGUGACACCUCCAUAUACUGUGGCUCAACCUCCACAUACAGUGCCUCAGCUACCGCAGAUUGUUACAAACCCUUCACUGCCAGCAUCUCAGCAGGCUAAUUUAUUACCUCAUCUUAUGCAUAUCACUCCUCAGCAUGCAAAAACAGUUCCACAGCAUUCACAGGCAGAUCCACAGCCUUCAAAUGUGGUAUCUGAGCAUCUGCGUACAGCUCUUGGUAUCCCACCUUCAGAAACUCCAGGGGCAAGACCUCAGCCACCAUAUCCAGUACAUACACACAUAAAUGCAGUAACCCAGCCUCAGCUUCUGAGUACAGUACCACAGCCACAGCACACAGUCCCUCAGCAUCUGACAACGGGACUACUGUCCCCACCCACAGUACCUCAACCACUAGAAUCUGGACUUCAGACCCCAAAUACAGUACCACAGCAUCUACAAACUAGGCUUCAGUCCCCACAAAUCUUAACACAGCAUUCAAAUACCGUACCUCAGCCUGUAGUUCAUCAAGCUCCUUGUGCUGUUCCACAGCAUUCACAAGUGCCACAUCUGUCUCCAGCUCAUGGAUCUAUUGAAGGAGUAACACCACUUCCAACCUUUUUCCAAUUUACUUUGCCUUCCAAUCUGUAUACUUCACCAGUGAUUAACAGUGCUCUGCAAACUCCUCUUCAACAAGGUGUUCCUUCUGCCUUGACAGCCCCUCAUUCAUCCACCAUGAGUAUGCUUAGUGCUCUCCAGGAUGACAAACUAUCCUUGAUCCUUCCAGUAUUAGUGAGAAUGGAGCAUAAGAUAGAUCAGAUUAUGGCGAUGAUUGGAGCUAAAUCAGCUGCUGGAGGAAAUGGGCUGCAAAUUGGAAACCAGUUGAAUAUGGCAUUGAUGGGAAAUCAAUCAAGUGUCCCAAUGUCUGAAAGCCAGCCAACUGCCACGGUGGCUGACAACCAAACACGUGCAACCUCAGCACAGAAAAGCCACCAGCCAAACCAAUCAAGUUUCCCUGGGAUGGUAAAGCAUUCAAACCCAGCUACAAGAGAAACCCAAAAUAGGGCUGCAAUGCUAAAGCAACCGAAUGCAAAAAUAAUGAACACCAAUCAGUCAAAUAAUAUACCGGCAGCAACACCACUGAACACUCCUCUGCGACCCACCCUAACAAACAAUACAGACAAUGGAUCUGCCUCUCAUUCCACAGAUAUAGAGGCCCCAUCUAAUGCUACUUCAGCGGAAGCCCAUAUGAUUAAUACUACGCCCGACAACGAGGAAAAGGUAGAUUUUGAGAUGGAAUGCCAAGGAAGCGGUCUUAAACCACUACAAUCAGGACCUUUCGACGUCUCAAAGUCACUUCGUGGGAUCUCAGCUCGUCAACGAAUACAGCUUGAAAUGGCUAAAAUAACCGAACAGACGUUACCGGAAGAUUUAGACUUUCCCAUAUCACGUGACAACCUCAUUGCCCUGCAGGUGAAGUCAAAUUCCACAAUGAAUUUCGCUGUCCGAUUGUUACGCGAGCUCUUCACGCCAGACGAACUAUACGGCAGAAACAUUUCUGGGGUCCGAGGAAAAGACCAAGUUGACCCCACCAGGGUAGAAAUGAUCAAGGACAUAUUGUUUAAAAUUUAUCGCACAUCACCGGCAGACAAAGAACUACUGUGGAGGUACUGUCGUAAGGCGAUGGAUUCAUUUUUACGGAAGAUGCACCGCCCAGAUCUCGUAGAAGAACAGAAAUAAAACAAAUCAACCUCACGCAACGAUAUGCAGUCAUUUUCGUCGGAAAAUACUUACUUAGAAAUAAUACAGUACAACAAUUUUUGGAUACGUAUACGCUUCAGCUUGGCAUACGUAUUUUGGGUCUCUUUUGUAUAGACCUAGAGCAAUCUUCAGAUAAGUGUCAAUGGUAUGACGCGGUUUCGGCGAUUUCGUUUGUUUUGCUUCUCUUCGCACUCUUAUUGGUCUAGAGAACUUGCACCUCCUCUCGACCAAUCAGAUGCAAAACUAAAAGCAAUGGUGUCUUGGUCACCUGUGCUUUCCCGCGCUUCAAACAGUUGGUUUGUCUUGCUUUGUUCUCGUCGACUCUUAAUAGAAUUUCUCUUGCUCUGAUCUGAUUGGCUGUUACGAUUAAUUUGGUUUUGGUUUUACGAUUUUCGAU